ACACAUUUUUUUGAAGAAGAGUGGGGGAAAAACCAACGGACACAAAAGCGCCCAUCAGUCGAGUGGUUGACCAUUUUUCUCCCUCCCUCAGUUACCCGGAGAGAUUCAUUUCUUCAAUGGAUUCCGCCAUAUCUCUAAUGGCCUCCAAUUCCUUUCUCUCCACUCUCUCCUCCACCUCUGUUUCCACUAUCUCCACACUUUCUUUCCCGCGUCGAGCUGCUCUUCCUCCCAUACACCGUCGUCAGAAAUUCAUCUCCAUUUUUGCGUCAGGUAAUGGCAAUGGCGGCGUUCGAGGAGAGAGCGGCGGUGGAGGUGGCGGCGGCGAUGAUGGUGGACCCAAAGGCAGCGAUGUCGACUCGAAAUUGCUUGCUGGAGAAGCUGACGACGAUGCCACGCUGUCUGCGGACGUCAUUGUUCUCGGUGUUGAAGGGAUGACGUGCAAGGGGUGUUGUGCGAGUGUCAAGAGGAUUCUUGAAAGUCAGCCACAAGUGUCACAUGCUAGUGUUGACCUUGCUUCUGAGACAGCAAUCGUGUGGCCUGUAGCUGAAGCAAAAAUCACACCCAACUGGCGGGAAGAGCUAGGAGUGGCACUUGCAAAGCAUUUGACUACUUGUGGUUUUUCUUCGAAGGUUCAAGGACAAGGUGCUAUAGGAGGCGACGUUUCACUAUAGUAAUGCAAAAGUUCGAUGGGGCAAGUGAAUUUUAUGGUGCUAAUGUUAUGACACGACAUGAAUUUCAAGUAGUUCUAUCUGCUAACUUGAAUUGAACUCAACAAUAAGUGCAGAAGCCAAAGAACAGGACUCAAUUUGUAGCAUAUCAAUAUGUAUCAAUAAAGUGAUUAAUUUCAGCAAUGGACGGAGUAAAGAUUGUUUGGAGACCCUUGAUACUGGAAAUCUUUUGUUGCAUACUGUGAGAAGAGUGACAUGUUUCAAGUAGAGUAUGAAUACGAUUGUAGUCUUGGAAGUUGAUUACAAACUACAGUUAUGGUUUUUUUAUGUGCAAAUGAUAUAUUAUCAGCUGCUGUUAAGAAUGUUAGCAUUUGAAAAGUUAUCUUUUUCUAGAA